CAGCCCUGGAAUCCCAGUCCCUCCAGCUACACCAAAAUACCCGUAUGGUCGUAUCAACAUGAAGAGGUAUUCMACGCUGCUUGAAGCCUUACCUAAGCUUACACCACUUGGACCAGUWAAGUCUGCAUACCCRUUAACRAUGGAACAACUBGGCCAGAACAGUGGCUUYGUUCUUUAUCGUAGUCAGAUCCCUAACAAUUUUGCUCAAUCCCGACCAAUACUAGAGAUUAAGGAACUGGUGAGAGAUAGAGGGAUAGUUUAUGUUGGAAAUAUCAGACAGAGCACUUUGARCAGAACAACCAACCAAUCAACAGCUAGCAUCAUUGUGGGUGACUUUCUGCAACUUGAUAUUCUGGUUGAAAACAUGGGACAUAUUUGUGAUGGAUCCGACAUGGUCGACCCUAAAGGCAUCCUUGGUAAUGUUACAAUCAAUGGUGUACCAAUAGUGAACUGGGAAAUGUAUCCUCUUGACCUGGAGAAUGUGGUCCAUGAAGCAACUCACUUCAAACAGCCRCCAGGAAUUAAACUAACUGAUUAUGAACUAUCACCAACAUUUUUCAUUGGGGAAAUCCCAGCAGUGCCAUUUGGCGACAGCGGGUUGGAUUCAUUCCUUCGCCUUGAUUAUUGGACCAAGGGUGUAGCGUUUGUUAACGGAGUAAAUGUUGGUCGUUACUGGCCAGUAUCUGGACCACAGCAGACAUUGUAUGUCCCAGCUAGUGUCAUGGCACCCAAUCAGCAAGCAGGUACUUUGGUUGUCAUGGAGCUAGAUGACGCACCAUGUGACUACCCUGAUACAUGCUAUGUGGAGUUCUUGACAGUUCAUGUUGUCAAUGGUACAGCAAAGCCUAUGUUUGGAAAGACUGGUCGUCAACCGAUGGAAUUGAAAAAACAUCAUUAAGGUCUGGUGAACUGAAAGAUCAGGAAAUGAAUUCUUUUUUUUUUUGUAUUUGCUUUCUAUAUGCAUACUGUUUUGAAUGAAAAAAUAUUUGUGUAAGUGAAAGCUGAUUUGAUUUUGAUUACAUUUUCUUUGUAUGGAUGCUUGAAUGAUGAUAUUUUGAUUGAACAAUAGUGAGACUUGGACAGUGCWUUCUUCAACAUUGUAUUAACAUGUUCAAAACACCUAGUUAUGUCAGAAUUACUAGAGAAAAUUUAUUGUUGCUUGGAGAUGGGUUGCAAUUUUGUGCUGAUAUGAUAGUAUGCUCUAGGUUUAACUCAAUUUGUAAAAAUAUGAAUUUACAUGUAUCUUCAAUUUAUGUGAUUACUGUACAGUAAUAUAAGCAAAGCCAGUAAUAAAUGUAAUUAUUUGAUUACUGG